AUGUCCGAUCCUACUGCUGCGGCUGAUAAGAAGAAGCGCAAACGCCGCUCGCGAACCGAAAAAUCUAGAGACCCCUCGCCUAUCUCAGCACCACAGAAGAGCCAGAGAAACGACAAACCUACCAGCUCGACUUCGCAAUCUCGGCGCAGACAAGCCCGUGCCGAGGCUCGAGCUACAUCGGAUGCUGAGGCUGGACCGGGUCCCUCUACGAGCGCAAACCGCGAAAAGGCAGCUGCCAUAGCCGACGCCGAGAAAACUACUUUUGGCGACGAUUUCGUUCCAUUUGGGCUGGACGAAGAAGAGGAAGUGGUUGAUGCUGGACGGGGGAAGGACGGUAUCGAUGCACGUGAUACGCGAAGAGACGACAGGGAUAGGGAUGGAGGACGAAGAGAUGGUAACAGAGGGAGGGGCAGGGAUCGAGACCGAGGACGGGAGGAUGCAGGAAAGAUGCGGAAAGCCUCGGACUUCGACCCCGACGAUGGCUAUCAGAGCAAGAAACAAAGGCAGGACGCUGCGUCGCGCAAGGCGCCGUGGACUGACAUGAUGGACACUGACGGGUGUACGAACGUCGCAGAACUAUUGCAUCGCGAAGUAGAGGCGUUCGUGGAAUAUAUAUCACCACUACCAGAAGAGGACGAAGUCCGAGCUUUGACUGUGGAGAUGAUCCAGCGUGCUGUGGUUAAGAACUUCCACGACGCGCAAGUCCUACCCUUUGGAAGCUACGAGACGAAGCUUUACCUCCCACUUGGAGAUAUAGACCUGGUCGUCGUGUCAAGAUCUAUGGAGUACUCUGACAAGGUUACUGUGCUGCACGCGCUGGCCAAUACGCUUCGUCGUGCGGGCAUUACAGACAAAGUUUCUAUCAUCGCGAAGGCCAAAGUACCUAUCAUCAAGUUCGUGACCACGCACGGCCGCUUCGCCGUGGAUAUCUCGAUCAACCAGGCGAAUGGCCUUGCGGCUGGGAAGAUGGUCCGCGGUUUCCUCACGGCUUUUCCCGCCUUGCGCGCUCUGGUGCUGGUCACGAAAGCGUUUUUGGCUCAACGGAGUAUGAACGAGGUCUUCUCGGGAGGACUUGGCAGCUACGCUAUCGUCUGUCUGGCGGUCAGCUUCCUGCAGAUGCACCCCAAGAUUCGCCGCGGAGAGAUCGACCCGACAAAGAACCUCGGAGUACUUGUCAUGGAGUUCUUCGAGCUGUACGGCUGCUACUUCAACUACCACGAGACUGGCAUAUCCUUACGCGGUGGCGGGACGUAUUUUAACAAGCAAGCUCGCGGAUGGCAACAAAACCAGUCCUUCUUGCUAUCGAUCGAAGAUCCUGGCGACAUCUCCAACGACAUCUCAAAGGGGACAUUUGGCAUCAUGCGUGUGCGACAGACCUUUGCCGGCGCACACUCUAUCCUCACCAGCCGUGCAUAUAUGCUCGCGCAAAUCCUGGGUCAACGACGGGAAGGGCGCGCGGUUAGCCUCAGAGGUGGGCGUCACGACCCAGAGGAGCUGAGCAUCCUGUCCCAUGUCCUCGGUGUUACCCAAGAGACGAUCAAUCGGCGACGGCUCGCGAUGGACAUUUACAAUAAGCGCAUUCUACACCGUCUCUUGAAUGUGCAGCCGCGAGCGAUCAUUAUUGAGGACUCCCCUGAGCCUGAACCUGUGGUUCAGCACUUUCCGAGAACGAACGGUGCCGCUCAUGCUUCCACAAGCGUAAAAGCGGCUUGGAAGGCUGCUGGGGAGUCCGAUGAAGAGCACGACGUUUCACGAGUAUCGACGUCGAAGAGCGUUGCUCAAGAGGUCAUUGAUGUGAGCUCUGACUCAGAAGAGGAAAGCCGCUAUGAAAUACCGGGACCACCGAGCAAGCGCCUCCGGCUUGGAACGUCAGCUGACGCCCAUACCGUCUUCACGGCUGACGAGGAUGAGGAUGGCCAGGUCAGCAGCGGUUCGGACGACGAAGAGUUCAAACAGCUGGUUCAGGAGGAGGGCGAAUAUACUGAUGCGGAGACGAGUGAGAGCGAUGGAGAGGCCAAUGUGAAGAGGCGGAACAAGCGCGCUUAUUGGGCUGCCAAAGCGGCUACAGGGGUCGCAUCCCUUGAUAGCGACUGA